GGUGCAAGCCUAGAGGGGCCGCUGGUAAACGUGCGUUUGCUGUGGGAUGUUCUAACGCCGGAUCCCGACAGUUUCCCCCCGCUCUACGUCAUCUGGAGGCUCCACAGUAACAUUCCGACCCGAUUACAAUCCUGGAGGAGGCAUAACCACCCCUUCUCACUGUCCUUCCUGGAGGCCAUGCUGACCUCUGUCGGGGUGGGCGAGAUGCACAAGGCGAUCACUCUCUUCUUGGAGACUGUGGCGGGGCAGCCCAACCCCGCCUACAUGCACAGGAGCGUUUAUCGGGAGAUCCUCUUCCUCAAGAUGGCGGCGCUGGGCAGAGACCACGUUGACAUUGUGGACUUCGAUAAGAAGUACAAGUCGGCCUUCUCCAAGCUCGCCAGUAACCUGGGCAAAGAGACCCUGAAGCAGCAGCGGGCUCAGCCGCUCACCUCCAAAGCCAUCGACUGCCGCAAGAGCUUCGGAGCCAAUCUGGAGUGCUAGCAGGAGCCGCCGCCUCCGUGCGCUUCCCGCUUGCCGCUGCCUGGCGCGACUCCUACCACAGAGGAACAACCCAGGAUGGAACUGGAAACGAUACCAAAUUGCAAGGGGGGGCACAGCAGGGACUGCGUCGCCCUCACGUGACCUGUGGCCUGUGGAGGUCGUCCCCUCCGUGUGGGUGUGCCCAGAGCCUCGACCUCCGUGGGGAGUAGGGAGUGGGGCCAAGCAAGCCCUCCUAGGGCAAGUGGUUCUCUGCCAACCGUGGUCUGCCCUCCCCCUCUUGGUUCAGCAACAGAAGAGGGGGAUUUCAGGUCUUCUUAGGGCAGCGGGGUUGUCUGUGGUGGGAUAGACGAGUGGAUCUUGGGGACCACGUGUAUAUUGGGGUUCAGAGUGGGUGUGGCUUCUGGCCCCGCCCUCCCCCCCGCCCAGCACUGCACUCUGCACGUGCAUGCCAUGCCCAGACCCCCGCCCCUUCCCUCACUACUCCCCGCUCCGGGUCACUCCCUAGAGUCGUCUGUCUUUGUGCGGUGUUACUUCCGGAAGGUAGCUGGCCAGCCGUCUUGUCGGCCCUGAUCACGGCCAAGUUAACCGGGGAGCGGGCAGCCGUCCCCAGACCCCCCCGAAGUUGGUUUAUUUUUUUACCAGUCAGUGUUUAACGAGAAAGAAAAGCUAUUUUAUAAUUUAUUUAUUACCGAAGCCCAUUUUUUGUGUCUGUUCCCACCUUUGCUGCUUGUGCUGAAAUCCUAAAGAUGACAGGCCCUAUAAGUGAUAACGGGGUAUGGGCUCUGCUCUCUUCGUCCCUUUCGGCCCUUCCGUCUAUGCUCAGCUCCACCCAGAGGGCUGGGGAGGGCCAGCCCGUUGUAGAGACUCGUUUCUUCUGGUGCUCCGGGCUGCUCGGUAGGAUGAAGCAGAGCGGGGAUAUGAGUCGCACUGGGGUGCCACGUUGGUCGCCCAGGGCUCCCCCACCCCGUGUGUUUUGCCAGGGCUCAGAUUGUGCAAUAUGGAGUCGGAUGUCCAUCCAAACCCUAACCCACCCCCCGUGGUUGCGUUCCUUUGUUCAUUUUGUUUCAAUGUUCUUUGUUCUGUAAAUAAAGAUGGUUAUGUAUUUUCUC